UGCGAUCAGAGCUUGGGAAAACGUCAUGUUUGGAGUGACCCCGGGAUAUCUGCAUGCAUGAACAACGCUGAUUUCGAUGUGAAUAGGUUUACAUGUAGCUGUAUACCGCUGGGCGCUGGUGUUAUAUAGGGACAGGCUAAACUCAGAUCUCUGUCUUCGUCUACUCAAUCUAACUCUGGUCCAGAACCUGUGUCUUUCAGUAUCGGAUGAUAGAGAGAAUGUCGGGAUCCACAGAUGACACGAUGAUUACACCGGAAGAAGCCUUUGACUUCGUGCGUGAUGCCCUGUGCAUCCCUGCGCCGUCCACCAAGUUCGAGGCGAGUCCAAAGGACUUUCUUCAAGACCUCCUUCGAGCGUAUUUCCAUCACAUCCCGUUCCAGAACCUCAAAAAUAUUGCCACGCCCCACCGCAAGAGACAUGUUCCUACCGUAGCCGAGAUCAAGCAGGAUAUUCUUACCGAUAAGAUAGGCGGACUUUGUUACCAACAGAAUGUCUUCUUCUAUCUCCUCCUCCAAGCUUUGGGUUUUGAUGUCACGCUUAUCGCUUGCGACAUCGAAGAACCCAGCGACCAUGCCGCCGUAAUCGUCCACAAUUUGACAAGUGAGGGCAGCAGGCAUUACGCCGACGUCGGGAACGGGAAUCCGUAUUUUUGCGCAGUUCCCUUCGACUUCAAGGACGAGUCACCUGUGUACCACGAGUCCUUCCUGCGUUUCAAGUUUUCCCGCCAAGAUGACGUCAUAUUUUGUUUGCAUCAAGUCGACGGUCACCCGGCCAAGCAGACCAUGGAAGCCUUUCCUGUCACCGAUGGUUGGUACCGAUUUAUCCGCAUUAAUUUCAAGAGAGGUGUCGAGGUAGCCCACUUUAAACCCAGCAUGACACCGAGAUAUGUCAGCAUUGAUGAUAUGCCUAGACAUUUCUUUCUAACCAGCCUCAGAUGCAUGGCGUUUCCUGACGGUCGCUUUGUUUGUAUCAGUAACACUACUCUAUUAAUAGAGAAUGAGCCUGGAUGCAUUUCGAAGUCCUAUUUCAGGUCUCGUAAAGAGAUCAAAGAGGCGUUUGCCAAAUAUUUCCCUCAGAUUUCACAGUCAAUGCUGGACGAAGCCAUGAAUGAUGAUUAUGUCAAGUUAGAUUACAAAAAGGGGAUUUUGUAAAUACGUCAUUAAAUCUGCUUAUGAUGUUUGUUUUAU